AUGGUAUUCAGAUGUUUAAGUUUGUACUUAUUCGUGUCAUUAACGUUGUACGACGUGGAUUGCCAGAUUUGUCAAGAACGUCAACUGUAUACGUAUACAGCUACAGAACUGCGCUGGAAAACUGUGGUGGAACAAUAUAGCACGACGUGUUGGUGGGGUGGAAAGUGCACCAAAACUCGACAAAGAUAUGUGCCCACAGAAGGUCUAGUGACGAAACAAAACUGGCGAACCGUCGAAGUUUGUUGCGAAGGCUACACCCACGAAGACUCGGAGGACGAGUUAGGGGGAGAGGACACGCCCAUUUGUAGCCCAAUUUGUGAGCCGUCAUGUGUCAAUGGUUAUUGCCAAAGUCCCGAUGUUUGUGCCUGCAACGGCGGAUAUAUUACCAAUCCAUCCAAUUUAUUUCACUGCACGCCGUAUUGCCCAGGAGACUGUGAACAUGGCGAAUGUACAGCACCGAAUAUAUGUGAAUGUUUGCAUGGUUAUGCAAGAAUCAAUGGAACAUGUCAACCAAUUUGUACAACAGCUUGUAUAAAUGGUAAAUGUGUGGCUCCAGAUACAUGCGAAUGCUCUGAAGGUUACCAAUCCGAAAACGGUAUUUGCAAACCUUAUUGUGAAUUUUGUGGAACCGGUUCCCAUUGCACAAGUCCAGGUGAAUGCACUUGUGAUGAAAACUAUGAGUAUAUUAACGACAGUUGUAACCCCAUCUGCAUAAGCAGUUGUAACGGUGGAACUUGUGUAGCUCCAAACACAUGCGAAUGUUCAGCUGGAUAUGAACUUAAUAACGGGACAUGUACACCAUUAUGUCCGAGUUGUGAACAUGGACAUUGUGAAAUUCCAUUCGAAUGUACUUGUGACACAGGAUACGUUUUGGAACUAGGCGAUAAUUUUGAAUUUUCAUGUCAACUCAACUGUACCGUCGACUGUGGAAAUGGGAAAUGCAUUGCACCGAAUGUAUGUGCUUGUGACUCGGGUUACAUUCUAAAAGAAUCUUGUGUUCCUACAUGUUGCGAACCGUAUUGUUCCAAAGGAUGUAAAUUCGGAACAUGUAUGGCUCCAGAAUUUUGUGAAUGUGAUUCGGGGUACAUCAUCGGUUUGAACACUUUUGAAUGUGUUCCUAAAUGCGAUUACGAUUGUGGUCGUGGAAAAUGUGUCGCUCCUAAUAUUUGUCACUGCGAUUAUGGAUAUGGACAGAAUGAAACUGCUGAAUUCAUCGAUGAGCCUAUGUGUAAACCGAUUUGCAAGAACUGCGAGGGCACUUGCGUCGCACCUUAUGAAUGUGUUUGCGAUCCAAAUUACGUUGCAAUAAACGUUACAGAAGAUGGUGGCAAGUGUGACUGUUUUAUAAAUUGUAAUAAUAUUAUCUCCAUAGAAUGCCAAAAAACUAUUUGUCACGAAAUUGUUCAAAUAAAAAAAAAAUAUCCUCUGUUGGGCGAACAAUCAACUUAUCCAACUAUGAACUUACGCACUACAACUAAUGGAGAGUUUACAUCUACAUUUGACUUUACUACUGAACAGUACCUUGUUACAACUGAAAUGGAAUUCCCUUCGUCGUCAGUUAUAGAAUCAUCGACAAAAUUUAUUCUUGUAGAAAACAAAAGCCUUCAAGAGGGACAGAGUGCUAAUAAGAAAAGCUCAUCCCUCGUCUGGAUUUUCUACGUAGUGGCUGCUGUAUUUAUAUUAUUGGUGAUAAUAGCAUUAGCUGUUAUUCUGAUAAAGAAAAUGGGAUAUGUCAGCGGUGGCAGUUACGUCGUUGAAAAUAAACACGUUACGGAAUCGUCGCAGAACGAUUUUGAUUUGGUUGUGCGGUGAUAUCAAAAAAACUACGUACGUCUCUUAAUUCUACUUAUUGUACACAC